UUGUUAAAAGGGGAUCCGUUGGUUGCCCAUUCCACACUUCUCUGAAGCCAGAGACAAGUGAGACACCACCUCAACAACUGUUGUAAACAUGGCCUUCUCCAGCAGCAGCUUUCUGUCCUCCAGUGGAGGCCAGAGAGCUUCCAUCUUUGGCCUUUCUGGGUCUUCCGUCUCUGGAGGAAGCACCAGAAUCAGCGCUAGACGAGCCCCCAGCGUGCAUGGUGGUGCAGGUGGCCUUGGGGUGAGGGUCUCCAGUGCUUCUGGUUUUGGAUUUGGAGCUGGAGGUGGAGCUGGAGCUGGAGGAUUUGGAGCUGGAGGAUUUGGAGCUGGAGGUGGAGCUGGAGCUGGUGGUCUGGGCUUUGGUUUUGCCCAAGGCAUGGAAUCUCAGCUCUCUGCCAAUGAGAAGGCCACCAUGCAAAAUCUGAACGACCGUCUGGCUUCAUAUCUGGAGAAGGUGCGCAUGCUGGAGAAGGCGAACGCUGAACUGGAGCUUAAGAUCCGUCAGUUCUAUGACAGCAAGACUUCCCCUACUGCUCGAGAUUACAGUGCCUACAUUGCUACAAUCCAAGACCUACAAUCAAAGAUCCAGGAUGCCACUAAAGUCAACGGAGGCAUUUACCUCAGCAUUGACAAUGCCAAACUGGCUGCUGAUGACUUCAGAAACAAGUACGAGAACGAGCUAGCAAUGCGGCAGUCGGUGGAGGCUGACAUUGCUGGUCUCAGAAAGGUCCUGGAUGAGUUGACUUUGAGCAGAUCUGAUCUGGAGAUGCAGAUUGAGGGUCUGAAGGAAGAAAUUGCAUUCCUCAAGAAGAACCAUGAGGAGGAUUUGCUUGCCAUGAAGAACCAGAUGAGUGGUCAAGUUCAUGUAGAGGUGGAUGCUGCACCACAAGAGGAUCUCACCAGAGUUCUGACUGAGAUCCGGGAGCAAUAUGAGGCCAUCGCAGCAAAGAACAAACGAGACCUGGAGGCCUGGUUCCAUUCUAAGACAGAAGACCUGAACAAGGAAGUGGCUUCACACACAGAGACUCUUCAAACAUCCCGAUCAGAGAUCACCGAAUUAAAGCGCACCCUACAAAAUCUUGAAAUUGAGCUGCAGUCACAGCUGAGCAUGAAAGCAUCCCUGGAAAACCAACUGGCCGAAACAGAGGCCAGCUACUCCAGGAAGCUGGCUGGCUUCCAGAUGCAAGUGACCUCCUUGGAGGAGCAGCUGGUACAGCUUCGUGCCGACUUGGAGCGUCAGGGCCACGAGUAUAAGAUGCUACUUGAUGUGAAGACACGCUUGGAGAUGGAGAUUGCUGAGUACAGGAGGCUGCUGGAUGGAGAGGCUGCAAGCAAGUCAUCAACAAGUAAAACCACAACCCGUAAGGUGGUGACUGUAGUAGAGGAGGUGGUCGACGGGAAGGUGGUCAGCACCACUACAAAGUGAACUGAGCACAAGCAACGGAGAUGCUCAUCACAGUACAAGAAACAUCUCCUGCUUCCCAUCUGGCUUCACCUAAAUACAGCAAUUAAUGCAAUAAAAUGCUGAGAUGUU